CAAAGCAAAGCCCAGAACUAGCUGGGCCAUCUUGAUGUUUUCGGCAGCGCAGGCCUCCGUCUGUCAGGCCCAACCACCGCUCCACCUCACCCCCCUCGUCGGCGACGCGGCCCCGCCGGCAGAAGACCGCGGCGCAGCUUCCGUCCGCUCGCCGCUCGCCGCCCGAGUAGUGGCAGGCACCGCGAGCGCGAGGUAUUUGUCCUGUCCACGUCGCUACUUUACGGAACGGCUCCGCUACGUACGCAUUCUCUCCCUCCCGGGCGGCACGGCGUCGUGUGUCCGGUGGCAAACUAAUUGUGGCCGUGCCCGUGCGCGGCCGCUCGCCGGCGCCGCCGUGGCUGUACUUAUUCCUUGCUGCUUCACGGGCCGGGCAGGAGAAAGCAGUACUAGCUGGUUGCGGUGCCAACUUAACUGGCGUGGAAAGUGGAAACCAGACAUUGCCUGCAGUAGUUCCUGAGUACUGCUUGUCAUAGUCCAUUGCUUUGGACUGCAAUACGGCCGCCGAUUUACUUGGAUGGCGCGGUUAGUUUCUGCUUUAUUCUCGAGCUGCACAUCUGAAGAGCCACACAUUUUUUAGGUAGGGAGUAUUGUUUAUCUCCAGCUGCUUUAUUCUUAAAUACUAGACUAGAAAGGCUAAUAUUUGGGUCCGUAUAUGGUUGCAUAUCCGUUGAUUAUGUAUUGUUAACAAUAAAACCAAACAAAUACUGUUUCUAUGAGAAGUGGGGAAAAUUUUGUA